GUUCUUUUGUGAUCCUCGGCCAAUGCACACGUUGUUCAUGGUUUGUGCAGGAGAAUAUUUUUAUCUGUAAUAAAAAAUAUUGCUAUCUUAGAUUUUUAGUGUUUCUAGAUAUAGUAACUAUAAAACCACGGCAUCAUUAUUUAAAGUGAUCUUCUAUUUAAAUGAUUGAGUGCAGUUUUCAAAAAAACCAACAAUAUGCAAAACACUAGAAUUGAAGAUAGAUAUGAGGAUUCAUCAGACACCUCUGAAGAUGAAAAUACCCAAAUCACAAGAGCUCCACAGCAAGAUACAGAAUUAUGGGAUACCUUUCAGGAUCCACCUGUAAAACAAACUACAGGAUCUGCUGUUGAUACGAAAAAAUUUCUUUUUUUCAUCAAAAUCAUCAAAGUGAUUGUGUACAUAUUGGUAUUCCUAAUUGUUCUAUUAGGCAGUACAGUAUCAAAGUUAGCAUUUCUCUUCAUGACAUCACAUGUAAAGCCAAGUGGCAUUCCUUACUGUAAUCCAGAUAACAAUGUUGGCAAUUAUACAGCAAUUAUUCCAUAUGUACAGAAGAUAGCAUGGAUAUGGGCUAUUGUUUUCGCAUUUGCCUUUCCAGAAGUUGUAACAUUUCUCAGAGCAUGUCGAAUAUGCCUUUUUAAAAAUAUUCCACGUCCAAAUAUGUUGCAACAAUUAAUAAUCUGCAUAUUUGAAUGCCUUCACGUAAUAGGUUUUGCUAUCCUCGCCUUCAAAAUUCUCCCUCAGUUAGAUGCAAUGAAAGGCGUUAUGUUAACCAAUUGCUUGUGCAUCAUCCCAGGAAUUUUAGGACUUUUUUCUCGAUCUCCUGCCACAGAAAAAUUUUUCCUAAAAAUAUUGGCUGAUAUACUAGCAAUUGCAACACAGAUUACCGGAAUAUUUCUCUGGCCAUUCACAAUGGGUAACCUGAACCUGAUAGUGUGGACUUUCAUUAGCUGCAUCUUAAUAUCAGUUGGCUGGUGGGAGAAUUAUGUGUCCAUCAAGAGUUUUAUUCAACCAAUUCGCUGGCUAGCUGACAUAAAGAGUCAUAUUGGUCGCAGUAGAUACUAUACUUAUCUGUACCUGGUACCACUGAAGAUUUUCCUAUUCUUUAUUGUGGCUUAUGCAUGUAACGAAUAUAGGUUUUUCCAGUAUUUUACGGAAUUUGCCGAUGGCUGGAAAAAUCAUACGAUAAUCAUACAUGAGACUCAACCACAAUUUAGUGAAAAUCUGCCUGAAAUGCCUCAAGUCACUGAAAAUUCUUCUUUCCUAGUGACUUCCGAUCAUCUCGCAAUUUGCUGGGUCUUUGUAGUGCAGAUUUUAAUGGGCUACUUAUGCUACUUCUUCGGUCGUUUUGCGUGCAAAAUCCACAUUCAGAGUGUCAGUUUUUCCUUCCCUCUGUGUCUUACAGUACCAACAUGUCUUACAAUACUAUUCAUUGUGGCUGGUUUUCGAGCUAGUGACCCCUGCUACUUUAACGGAAUCCUUCCCAAUUACCUAUUUUUCAAGACACCUGAUACCGACGACUUCUUCCUCUACAUUACACAAUAUCAUGCGUGGAUGUGGGUACUGUGGCUCUUUUCCCAAGUUUGGAUAACUCUUCAUAUUUGGUCAUCACGAUGUAACAAAAAUGCACCCACGGACACUCUAUUUGUUAUGCCAAUGUACAAUGGACUAGUUAUAGACCAGUCAAUGACACUAAACAGGCGACAGCACGCUGUUGAGGAAAUUGUGAAAGUAGCAGAAAUUAUUGGCCAUGAUGACGAUCAAUAUAGGAGGAGAUUUGAGGAAUUAAAUCAUUUGCAGGACAACGAAACGAUAAAACCCAGUGAUAGAAUUCCACAGGUGUACGUCUGCGCAACAAUGUGGCAUGAAACAAAAGAGGAAAUGAUGGAAUUCCUUAAAUCAAUCCUUCGUUUGGAUGAAGAUCAAUGCGCUAGACAGUUAGCGUGGAAAUAUAUUCAAAGAACUGAAGAACCCGAUGAUGAAUUCUAUAAAUUGGAAACUCAUAUCUUCUUCGAUGAUGCCUUCAUGGACAAAGAAAAAUGUGAUGAUCCCGAUGGAUCUCCAAUAAAUUCCUAUGUAAAGCUCCUUAUUAACAAUAUAGAAGAAGCUGCCAGAGAGGUUUACAAGCAAAAAAUGAAGAUCUACCCUCCAACUAAAAUUGUAACUCCAUACGGAGGCCGUCUGAUAUGGAUUCUUCCUGGAAGAACAAGAAUGGUGGCUCAUCUCAAGCAUAAGGAUAAGAUAAGAAAGAAGAAACGCUGGUCUCAGGUAAUGUACAUGUACUAUCUACUCGGUUAUAGAAUUAUGCAGCUGGAUGUCUCGCCUGAGAGAAAGAAAAUUAUUGCUCAAAAUACAUAUCUGUUAGCCCUUGAUGGGGAUAUUGAUUUUCAACCAAAUGCUGUCCAACUUUUACUGACACGCAUGAAAAUAGAUCCGGAUCUUGGAGCAGCUUGUGGAAGAAUACAUCCUGUUGGUAGUGGUCCAAUGGUGUGGUAUCAGCGCUUUGAAUAUGCUAUUGGUCACUGGCUACAGAAAGCAACUGAACAUGUGAUCGGUUGUGUUUUGUGUAGUCCUGGAUGUUUCUCAUUAUUCCGAGGGCGAGCUUUGAUGGAAAAUAGCGUGAUGAAAAAAUACACAACAAAGUCUGAAGAAGCCCUCCAUUAUGUACAGUACGAUCAAGGUGAAGAUCGUUGGUUAUGCACCUUGCUUCUGAAACAGAAAUUCAGAGUUGAGUACUCUGCUGCCUCUGAUGCGUAUACACACAGUCCUGAAGGUUUCAAUGAAUUCUAUAAUCAACGAAGGAGAUGGGUUCCUUCAACUAUGGCCAAUAUCCUCGACUUAAUUUUCAGCUACAAGAUGAUCGUAAAAGCAAAUAGUAGCAUUUCAAUGCCCUACAUUGUCUACCAAUUUGUCCUAAUGAUUGGCACAAUUCUUGGCCCAGGAACGAUUUUCCUUAUGAUGAUUGGAGCUAUUGUAGCAGUUUUUCGCACCAGUAUCUGGACAUCAUUCUUGUGGAAUUUUAUACCCCUGCUUUUCUUCAUGCUUCUAUGCUAUUUUGCCAAGCAAAAGUACCAACUUAUAGCAGCCUUCUUCAUCACCGCUGUUUAUGCGAUGGUUAUGAUUGCCGUUGUUAUUGGUAUAAUAAUGCAGACUCAGGAAGAUGGAAUCAACUCACCAUCUUCAUUAUUCUUCCUCGCUGUGGCUGGUCAGAUAAUCGUAACGGGUUUAAUGCAUCCCCAAGAAGCCUGGGCUCUCAUCUGUGGUGUUGUCUACUACAUCACUAUCCCUUCAAUGUACAUGCUCCUUAUAAUUUAUUCUCUCUUCAACAUGAAUGACGUAUCCUGGGGAACUCGGGAGAAUCCUCAACCAGCUACUCAGAAUGCUAACACACAACCAAAUAGUCAGACGCGUUUUCAACGUAUUUUAGGUUUUCUUCAAGUUAAUCGGGAAGAAGAAGGCUCUCUCGAUUUUUCCUGUGGUGGCAUCUUCAGAUGUAUGUGUUGCACACAUCCGAAGAACGGAGCCAAUGAUGCUCAUCUCUUACAUAUUUCUGCACAACUCACCGAAAUGACAAACAAAAUGAGGGAACUAGAAGCAAAACUUUCAGGUGAAGUCACGGUAAUGACGGAGACCAAGGACGAGAUUGAAACAAUUUCUCCACCACCAAAUGAACCAACACUGGAAGAGGUCAUCUGCGAACCCGAACGUCCUGUCAGCUCUCUUCCUGACUGGUUAUACGAUGAGGAUCUACGGAAUGGAGACAAUGAUACACUACCAAUGGCAGAGGAGAAAUUCUGGAAUGAUCUCAUUGAUCGUUACUUGAAGCCUCUAGAUCUCACUGAAGAGGACAAGAAUAAAGUGGCUACAGCUCUCAAGGAUUUGCGUGAUAUGUCAGUGUUCGCCUUCGUCAUGAUCAACGUUAUUUUUGUCCUUACUGUUCUCUUGCUGCAAAUGAACAAGGAUGAUAUUCACAUCAGAUGGCCGUUUGAGGUGAAAAAUUUUAUCGAGUACGAUAGUGAUAACUCGGAGAUUAACAUAAAGCGUGAACAUCUUCAAUUGGAUCCAAUUGGUUUGCUGUUUGUCGGCUUCUUCGGUGUCAUACUCUUAAUUCAAUUUAUAGCUAUGUUAAUUCAUCGUUUUGGCACUUUGGCAGAGAUUUUGGCUGCCACAAGUCUUAAUUGGUAUUGUGUUAAAAAGGCCGACGAAUUAUCUCCAGCAAUGGAUCUCAGGAGCCAAGCAGUGAAUAUUGCUAAAAAAGCUCAACGUCCGCAACCUCAAUGGGAUGAGGAUGACAUGAAAGAAGAGCAAAAAGCUAUUGGUCGACGUCGUGAUACAAUCCAGAAAAUUUUGUAUCAACAUAACCAGAAGCAUGACUGGAGCAACUUGGAGAGAAACUUCCGAAGGCGUUUCUUACGCGAAGGUGAUCUUGAUCUUGGCAGAAUAACUGUUCGGCGAGAAACAUUAAAUUUGCUUAACACCAGACGCACAACUCUCAUUGAAGAACGAAAAUCCAUCAGCAGAAAUAUGCGUCAAUCUGCCGGAAUCAACUCAAUUCCUCCUGUUCAAUGGGAGAGGACUAGACCAGUUGGACCCAGAGAUAGUAUUGUUCCCACAAGACCACAGCUGCUUCCAGCUCAGCCCAGAUCUGAAUUCGACACCAACAGUAGAUCCUACUAUACUUUAAACCUUGGAGGUCACGAUAACGCAUCCUUUACAGAUGAUCCAAGAGAAUCCUACGAGCUAACACAGCGCAGAGACACGCAAAGAGUCCACUUCUCUUGAUGACCUGAAGGAAGAAAGAGUUAAAUAAUGUGAAUUAUUUUAUAUAAAGAUUUUAUUUGGGGCAUAUAUCCUCCUUUUUGUAAAAUGAUAUCAAUUAGAUGAUAAGUAAAUUUUUUAAAUGAUAAGUUCUAUAGCAUUGUCAUGAGCAAGUCGAUGAGAAUAUUUACAAGCAGCUAAAUCAUUUAAAGUGGUUGAUAGACGAUUAGAUGUGUAUUGGAUUUAUAAAGGCAGCCUCAAGAACGAAAGGUGUUUAGUUGAUCGUAAAUCUGCAAGGUGUAAAAAUGAAGUGGAUUGUUCUGUGCUGUUUCUUUAUUACUACAUUAGCCAUUCCCUUAAACACUAAUAACGAUGGCUUUACUGGGCAGCCAAUUGAAGAGUUGGGUAAACAUUUUGAAGGAGACAUGGUCCUCACAGAUUUACAAAAAUUGCAGAUUUUUGAUUCAAUGACGGAUAGCCGAACAGGACGCCUCGAUCCGCGUUAUCGCUGGCCAAAUAAUAUUCUCUAUUAUGAAUAUGCCGAUCAUGUAAAUCAAGAGCAGAGAGAUUGGAUUGAUUCAGCUCUGAUGAACAUCACAGGACACACUUGUCUCAGUUUUGUUCCGCGUACUACUGAGACUGACUAUGUAUACGUGACCACUUCGAGCUCAGGAUGUUUCUCCAACGUUGGACGUAGUGGAGGGCGCCAGCAACUCAAUUUACAAAAUAACGUGCCAACACAAGGAUGCUUCCGGUUUGGCACAGUUGUCCAUGAAUUUAUCCAUGCAUUGGGCUUCCAUCAUUCCCAAGCAGCUUAUAAUAGAAAUGAUUAUGUAAUUAUCAAGUGGGAGAACAUUCAGUCCGGUACUGAGAACAAUUUUGUGCUGAGGGAUCGAACAACAACUACAAUGUAUGGUUUGGAUUAUGACUAUGGCAGCGUGAUGCAUUAUGGACCAACAGCAUUUAGUAUGAAUGGAGAACCUACAAUUGUGCCGAUUCAAUCAGGAGCAGUCAUCGGACAAAGAAUUGCAAUGAGUCCUUUGGAUAUUCAACGUCUCAACCGAAUGUAUGAUUGUCCGGAAGGACAAUGAUAAACUUGAACAUUGUAAUUUUUUUUAUUAAAAUACUUAAAAUAAAAUCAUGUGUAAAGUAAAAA